AUUCAUUCCUUAUUAUGUGUAAGUAGCCACAUAUGGUUGGUGGUGACUAGGUUGGACAGUCCAGGUCCAGAGCGUGAGCAGGUCACGUCACUGCUGUGCAGAAAGUGCCACAGGACCAGAGGAGACGCUGAAGUGCCCAGCCCCCCUGUCGCUCUCCUAAGUCUCCGCCUCCCACGCCCAGGCUCCCAGCUUUGCAGACUCACGCCUUCUCCCUUUGGCUGGAUUCCAUCCCUGCCCCGGGGGCUUCAUGCCAGGCACCCAGACCAUGCAAAAUUCACCCUAGCUUAGAGGUUCCCAAAUGUGUCCUGCACGACUCCAGUUUUGUAGAAGGUUCUGUAAAAAGCAAAAGGGCAGGCAGGGCUUGUGCUUGAAAAGUUUGGGAGACAGUGGGUGAAGCAAAGUAAGAGGAUUCUUUACUACACAACCUCUCAGAGCCUUUAACAUGCCAAAGUGCCUUGUGAAUUUCUAAGAGGUGGACAGCAUAAGCAGUGUUUCCCAAACUUACUUGACCGUGGAACCCUUUCUCGGUAUAGUAUUGGGAUAGGCCAGUUGCUGUGGAACACACUUAGAGAAAUACCCUUCUAGUGGCUUUAUUUAAUAUGUAUUGGGCCUCUCAAGAGGCAGAGCUGUGGCUUCUUCGUCAGAUCUCCAUCCCCUCCUGGAUUGCUUAGCGAGGAGGGAGACAGUGAGUUAAUUUGUUCCUUCAAUGGUCUUUGUUCAUUUAUUUAUUCAUGGAAAAAAUGGUUCCAUACCUACCACAUGGAGCCUGCUCUGGGCAAAUGAUUCGUGAGUGAGGAGGCUGACCUCAGGCAGAGCCCUGCCCUCACCUACACCCACACCCCCCGCCCCACAACACAGGGGUGGGUUCUACGGCUGUCAGACAUUCAUAGUCUAGCUCUAAUACCUGCUUGUUACAGCAGGUGGACCCCCAGGCAGGGCCUGAUGGGCACCUCUCCUUUCAGGCAUUCAUGGGUGCAAUUCUGUGCUCCCUUGAGGGAGGGCGUGUGGGGAGCGUGCCAGCCUUCCCAGCCACCAGCUCUCCUCAGCCUUGCUGGCCUGAGAGGGGUGCUGCCUCUGCUUUGCGUAGGUUCCUCCUGGUCAACGCACCCACCUGACCCUUCCAAGCAUGCUCCCUUUCCUCCAGCACACCGGCUCUUGGCCUGUCUCUUUCCCACCCUACUGUCUCCUGCCCGUUACUAGACAGGCUCUGGUCUCUCCCACCUUAAAACUCAGCUGGGAUAAAUGAUUCUCAACGGUGAAAGGGAAGGAGGAAGGAGACCUGGGUUUCCAGUCUUGGCUCUGUCCAUGGCUCACUAUGUGACUUGGACAGGUCCUCCCUGCUCAGGCGUCAGUGUCUCCUUCUGUACGGUUAUCCCGAAGCCAUCUUCCAGCUACAAGGAUGUGAUCUGGACCCCUGCGGAUCCUGUGGUCCUUUGCCGUCGCGACCAUCACAGAAAUCCCCCCUGUCAUCUUCCUCCCCAACUUCCUUGUGCAGAGAAAGGUGCUGAGGCCCCUUCGGACCCAGACAGGAGGAACCAUCAUGGGGGCGGCUUCCACCACUGCUCCAGUGACCGGGGCGGGGGCUUCUGUGCCUAUGCGGACAUCACACUUGCCAUCAAGUUUCUAUUUGAACGUGUGGAGGGCAUCUCCAGAGCCACCAUCAUUGAUCUCGAUGCCCACCAGGGCAAUGGGCAUGAGCGGGACUUCAUGGGGGACAAGCGUGUGUACAUCAUGGACGUCUACAACCGCCACAUUUACCCCGGGGACCGCUUUGCCAAGCAGGCUAUCAGGCGAAAGGUGGAGCUGGAGUGGGGCACGGAGGAUGAUGAGUACCUGGAUAAGGUGGGGAGGAACAUCAAGAAGGCCCUCCAGGAGCAUCGGCCGGACGUGGUCGUGUACAACGCAGGCACCGAUGUCCUUGAGGGGGACCGCCUUGGGGGGCUGUCCAUCAGCCCAGAGGGCAUUGUGAAGCGGGAUGAGCUCGUGUUCCGAGUGGUCCGUGGCCACCAGGUGCCCAUCCUCAUGGUGACGUCGGGCGGGUACCAGAAGCGCACGGCCCGCAUCAUAGCUGACUCGAUUCUCAAUCUGCAUGGCCUGGGGCUCAUUGGGCCCAAGUCCCGCAGCGUCUCUGCACAGAGCUCGGACACACCUCUGCUGCCCAUGGCAGUGCCCUGACCUGAGCUGCCCUGCUGGUCGCCUCCCUGCCUGCCUUGAGCCCAGCCCACCUGCCUGCCCACCUGAUCUAGUGCUUUUGGUUUUCUAGCCUGAGGGGCGGUGCAGGGCAGCCAGCUAGGAGGCGUGGGCUGCCAGGCAGGGAGAGUGACCUGUGUGGCCUCUUGAGAGCACGGAGGGGCAGGGGCCUGCCCCGACUGGGCUGGCAGCUCCUCCACUCUCCCCAUGGCAGCUGGGAGGGUCUCCAGGCCCCUCUGCGGGGUGGGAACAGAAGGCAGAGCCUGAGUCCCGGGGAAGACCCUGCAUGGAGUCUUCAUAGUCGUCUAAGAGAAGAGAAAGGAGGUAGGCAGUUCACAGAGGAGAGAGGAUGGGUCAGGCCCGGGAAGCCGCAGGGAGGCCCUGGAGGUGGGGUGUUCUGGUGUUCCAGAAAGUCAGACCCAGAUCAGAUCGAGGAAUCUUCCAUCUCUACCACGUUUGGCCUCAUCCCUGCUCUUGCGUCCAUGAGAUUUGCUUCUCCCCUCCGUGCCUCAGCCAGGGUGUGAGGAGCAGGUGUGUCCAGGGACGGGGCUGGGAGCAGGGUGCUGAGCUAGGCUCCAGGAUGUGGGGAGGGGGUUCCCAGAUCACCUGGCCUUGGAUUUGAGGGCAGUAGGGAAGGGGGUACAGUUGCCUCUCCCAUCUGGGACUCCCCUUAAUAAACCAAGGGCUGAACCAGCUCUCUGAGAGCCCUCCUGUGUGAUUGAGGGAUGAGGAGGCCUGUGAGCCCCCAAACCUCCACCUCAGCAGUGGUCUCAUCUGCAGGUUUAUGGGGAGGAUCCUUAGCUCAGGGAGGAGCUUGGGCACAGUAGCCUUGAUGGCGGCUGCUGACCCAGGUGGACAGGGGGCAGAGGAAGAUGGGGUCAUGGGAAGGCAAGGCCUGGCAGGUAGGUAUCAGGGAUGGAUGCAGGAACUACAGCCCCAGGUAGGGCCUGAGGCAUUGGCAAGGCCAGACUAGGGGGUUGUGGGGAGGUUCUUGGAGGGCAACCAGUAGUCUCCAUCAUGGCCAGGACACCAGGAGGCUCUGAGGGUAGGUGGCUGAGUGGGGCCCUGGGUAGGGCUGCUGCCUCCACAGGCCUCACCUCCUGACCUAUCUCUGUGUCCAGGGUUCCAGAUGGGCCCUGACUUCUGGCCCUGGCCUUGGCCUUGUCUUCAGCUCUAAUCCGAAGGGGACAUUCAGGGCUGCCGAGGAAGCCAGGCAGGGGGAAUGUCCACCGCCUCCAUUGCCUGGGCAUAUUCUUAGCCGGUGACUGUGGCCUUGACCACAGUCAGGGGAGGGAAAGUGGGCCAGCUGAGGUGUCCCCUGCUCUCGGUCAGCCCCACUGAUGGGACUUGUGCUUGUGGUCAUCUGGGGGAUGCCCCCACAUUUCCCUUACUCUCCCUCUGCUAGGGGGAAAGAGUUCCAAGAUCCCCAAUUGACUCAAAUGUGCCAACCUCCUGGCCUGGACCUGGAAGGACUAACAAUGUACUUGGACCCCCCCGCCUUGGCCAGUAGUCCCUGUGGACCUGACUCUCGGUACCUGACAUCCAUGCAUUACCGCUGCAGGCCUGUGGCGUCGGGGCAGGCAGUGCACAUGGUUUGGUGUUACUGAGUUUCUCUUCUGUUCAUAGAGAAUCAUAAAGGCUCUUAAGUGGACCCAGCUGCUGCGUGUUCUUGACAUGAACUCCCACUCCUUUCUGAGAAUGACAUGAAAUAAAGAUUAGAAUUCACACAGCA